AUGGUUGGCACUGAUCCCAAUCCAGCUCCGCAUGAGCCACAUAGAGCUCGUGAAAUCAGUACCACAGUCAUGGAUUUCGAUGUCAAGGAUCAAGAUGAAAGCGAAGAGGCAGUGAACAUGGCCAACAAUUGUUAUGCAAGCACUACCUGGAAAACACGGCUACAACCCGAGGACUCAGCAGUCUAUGCUUGCAGGUGGAUAGUUCAGAGACGGCAGGAGAUCAAGAGCCCACAAGGCCCGAACCUUCGAACGGUCUUCGUGCCUCUUUAUGAUGAAGAUCAGGCUGAGAAUAUGCUGGGGAUACCUCACUUGGAACAAGCCAAGUCCGAUCUCCCGGCCUUUGUCUCCAUACCAACGAUCGAUUUGGCCAAGCUGCGUCGUCUAAGAUUCUCCGAGAACACAUACCAUGUCAAGUCUCUACUUCAGUAUCAUUAUAAGUUUGGAAUACACAAUGACUCUAUUCAGAAACCCGAUUUUGGCCUUGCUUCGAUCCUUGAUGGUGUUCGUUCUCCAUGCGUCGAAGUGGUGUGGUGUUUGGCAUUGGAUAGCAAAAAUCUCAUUACCGUCUCGUGGCUUGAGGCAGAUAGUAUCUGGCCAAUAUUAAGUCCAGGGACACAUUAUAGCGAGCCUUGGACAGAGGUCCCGCGAAUCGCAAUUUCCGAAUAUUUCCAAAAUAACGGAAACCUGCCCCAAGAGCGAUACGCAGAUCUAGUCAGUUCAAAAAAGGGCCUAGUAGUGGUGGAUCUCAUGGUCUUUUUCGGAAUCGUUGGUCAAAUACUUUCUGCUGUCGUGCCUGGAGGCUGGAUGCUAGACCAACUGUUUCGAAAGGUGGGGAAAUAUGUUUUUGGGAUCGAUUCCUCGGACAUUAUAAGGAUCGGUUCGUUCUUCGAAGUGCUUUCUCGAUCCGUCAAGAUAAGCUUCGAGAAUGAGUUCACAUCUGUUGAGAGUUUCUAA